AUGAAUGUCCGUCUCUCGUUUCCGGAGCGUCUCCUCUCCGUCCUGUCCACUCUUCUCCUCGUCUGCUGUGUCGGACUCAUCGUGGUGUCAUGGCUCAGCCUGCGGCCUGAAGGUGCCGUUGAGCCCAGCGUGCUGCGCGGCCGCAUGUUGAUCACACGUGGAGCCGUUUACUCCGAUGAGCUGAAGAACUCCAGCAGUCUGCGGUUCAAAUCCCUCGCCUUCGACGUCCAAAACCUGGUGUCAGAGGCGUUUGGUCUCAGCCAGCUCCGAUUGGACUUCCAGUCCUGCCGAGUUUUACAUUUCAGUCGGGGCAGCGUGGGCGUGACCUUCAACCUCUGGUUCAGUCAGGUGAUUGGCAUGCAGGAGGCGGAGAAUCAGCUGGGGGCGGGGCUUCUGGAGGUCGGGAACAAGGGAUUGCUGAUCAAUAGAAACAGCAUCCACAUCACAGAGAUACCAGACAAGACAACAGCUUUUCCUACAACCAUCACUCCUACAACCAUCACUCCUACAACCAUCACUCCUUCAACCAUCCAACCUAACCCAACAGACAACUGCUCCUACAACCAUCACACCUACAACCAUCACUCCUACAACCAUCAAACCUACAACCAUCACACCUACAACCAUCACAUCUACAACCAUUCCUCCUACAACCUUCACUCCUACAACCCUCACACCUACAACCAUCACACCUACAACCAUCAAACCUACAACCAUCACACCUACAACCCUCACUCCUACAACCCUCACAUCUACAACCAUUCCUCCUACAACCAUCACACCAACAACCAUCAAACCUACAACCAUCACACCUACAACCCUCACUCCUACAACCCUCACUCCUACAACCCUCACACCUACAACCCUCACUCCUACAACCCUCACAUCUACAACCAUUCCUCCUACAACCCUCACUCCUACAACCCUCACACCUACAAUCCUCACACCUACAACCAUCACACCUACAACCAUCACACCUACAACCAUCAAACCUACAACCAUCACACCUACAACCCUCACUCCUACAACCCUCACAUCUACAACCAUUCCUCCUACAACCAUCACACCUACAACCAUCAAACCUACAACCAUCACACCUACAACCCUCACUCCUACAACCCUCACUCCUAUAACCCUCACACCUACAACCCUCACACCUACAACCCUCACAUCUACAACCAUCCCUCCUACAACCCUCACUCCUACAACCCUCACACCUACAAUCCUCACACCUACAACCCUCACACCUACAACCCUCACACCUACAACCAUCACUCCUACAACCCUCACACCUACAACCAUCACUCCUACAACCCUCACACCUACAACCAUAACACCUACAACCCCCACACCUACAACGCUCACUCCUACAACCAUUACACCUACAAACCUCACUCCUACAACCAUCAAACCUACAACCAUCACACCUGGAAAUGUCCUCCUCUUCAGACAUCAUGUGCCAAUGGAUAUCUGUGCAUCCGGAUGGAUCAGCUGUGUGACGGUGUCUCCGACUGUCCCGACGACUCGGACGAAGGGGCCGCUCGCUGUGCAACGGCGUGUGAUGGACAGUUCCAGCUGAGCGGUCCGAGUGGCGUCUUCAGUACAUCAGACGUCUCGGAGACGUACAACAGCAGCAGCUUCUGUCGCUGGAUCCUCAGGGCGGAGCGAGGACUUUCUGUUCAGAUCAACUUCCUGCGGUUUGAAACAGAAGAAAACAUCGACAAACUGAAGCUUUACGAAGGCGUCGGAGUAGAUAAACAGCUGACAGCUGAGCUCUCAGGCUCCGCCCCCCCUGGCACCGUGUGGCUGCUGACGGACCAAUCAACCGUGGAGUUUACCUCUGAUGAUGUCAUCAACCUGUCGGGCUUCAGCGCCACCUACAGCACCGCCAACCUGUCCCAACUCUCCAAUGAAGAGAAGCUGACCUGUACCUUUGAGCAGGGCAUGUGUUUCUGGAGGCAGUGUUACCAGGACGACGGAGGCUGGAGUCGAACCCGCGGCUCCACGUUUCCCCCGCUGAGCGGCCCGAGUGUCGACCACACGCUGAACACCAGCGCCGGAUUUUACAUCGUCACCCCUCUGAGUCCCGGCCAAUGGCUGAAGAGCUUCAGGAUGUCCAGCCUCCCUCUGGCCCCGCCCACUCCGCCCACCGCCUGCCUCCGCUUCUGGUACCACAUGUUGGGCGAGGACGUUUACUGUCUCCGAGUGCUGCUGUACGACCCGGCUGUUACCGUGGUGUUCCAGAGAGACGGUAACUAUGGGGACCGCUGGAACUACGGCCAGGUGGAACUCAACCUGACGACAGAGAGCAUGGUGGUGUUCGAGGCGCUGAAGAACGGAGGGAUGCUGAACGACAUCGCUCUGGAUGACCUCACGCUGACCUCUGAACCCUGUGGCCGCCCCCCUGACCCAACCAACGUCCCGCCUCCAACGACGCCCCCCCCGAUCCCAGCUGACUGCGGAGGACCUUUUGAUCUCUGGGAGCCAAACUCCACCUUCAGCUCCCCAAAUUACCCACAAUCCUACGGGAACGAGGCCACAUGCCUGUGGAUGCUGCACGCCGCCGAGGGGCGGAGCCUGCAGCUCCACUUCCUGGACUUUGAUAUUGAAGCGACCUAUGACGUGGUGGAGGUCCGGGACGGGGCGGGGCCACACUCAACACUACUGGCUGUUCUCUCUGGGAGCGAUGGCCCCCCCCACGACUUGUUCUCAACAACCAAUCAGAUGUCAGUGUGGCUGUUGACUGACAGCUCGGGGCACGGCCGAGGAUUCAGAGCCAACUUCACCUCGGGGGUCAACCUGGGGUCCCCGGGUGCGUGUGCUGCCGGUGAGUUCCAGUGUCAGACAGGAAGUUGUAUCCAUGGUAACGGUCAGUGUGACGGCCAUGUUGACUGUCCUGACGCCUCUGAUGAAGCCGACUGUGUUGUGUUGCCCAGCAACAGUUCCAGUGCUCUACAGUAUAAACUAGUUUCCUCUCUGUUGACCGUGUGUUCUGACACCUGGACGUCUCACCUGUCUGACUUCACCUGUCAGUACCUGGGCUACAGGUCUGGGGAAACGACUCUGCUGCCGGCUCGGCCACAAGAUUCACCGUUUACAUCUUUCACCGUCACCAACGGAGUGCUGCAGACCAGCGUCAGGGAAACAUGCCCUAGUGAGGAAGUGGUUUCUCUGAGAUGUGACAACCAACCCUGUGGGGAUAGGAACGUCACUAAUGCACUUACGGAGACGGACCAAUCAGCAGAGAGGGAACCUGGUGAUGUCAUGGGGGAGCUGGACCAAUCAGCAGAGAGGAAACCUGGUGACAGCAGAGUGGUGGGCGGAGCUAACGCUGUGAAGGGGGCGUGGCCGUGGAUUGUGUCUCUCCAUUGGCGAGGACGUCACGUGUGUGGAGCGUCUCUGAUUGGCCGAGACUGGCUGCUGACCGCCGCACACUGCGUCUACGGGAAGAACAUGCACCUGCAGUGGUGGGCGGCGCUGCUCGGCCUCCACGCUCAGAGCGACGUCGCCGCCGACGUCCAGACCCGAGCAGUCGAUCGCAUCGUCAUCAACCCGCUGUACAACAGACAGACCAAACAGGCCGACAUCGCCAUGAUGCAUCUGCAGCAGCCAAUCAGCUUCUCCCAGCUGGUCCAGCCGGUGUGUUUACCGGCCGCCGGGCAGGACGUCACCGCUGGAACCAGGGGUUGGAUCGCUGGCUGGGGACGGACGGAGGAGCAAGGUUCCCUCCCAGACGUGCUGCAGGAGGCGGAGCUUCCUCUGGUGCCCCCCCCUGAGUGUGAGCUCCAGCUCCCGGAGUACACCAUCACCUCCAGCAUGGUCUGCGCCGGCCGCCCCGAGGGGGGGGUCGACGCCUGUCAGGGCGACUCUGGAGGUCCCCUGAUGAGUGUGGAGGAUGGACACUGGACUCUGAUUGGUGUGACCUCAUUUGGUUACGGUUGCGGUCGUCCCCAGAAACCCGGCGUCUACGCCCGCGUCUCGGCCUUCACGGCCUGGAUCGCCCGGACCAGACGCAGUCCCCCUAGCCCCCCCUAGCCCCCCCUAGCCCCCCUACCCCCCCGCCCCUAGCAGCUAACCCUAACC